CAGACUGAGAGAGCGCGCGAGGUGGACACAGGAAGGAGGUUGACGCGAUUUCCGCAGGCUUAAACCGGGGAAAGUUGUUUCCUGAAGUUGAAGCUGUACUAGUGCUCAUUUCCACAUUAGUCUUAGUAAUUGUAAAAUGCCUUGCGCAAGUUCAUCGUCCGUCUGGUUUUGGUUGUGACAUUUUUCGUCUUCUGAUGGAAUUGUCUGGUGAAAGCAUGAGCUCAACGACAGAAGACACAGAAGGCAUCCUUCAGGCCCAAUUGACGGAGUGUCGCGCUCAAGUCGAACACUGGCAGGGUGUGGCGACCAUCUGUGAACUGAGCAAACGGGAGGAACUGGCAGAGCUGCAAAAACAAUGUGAUCAAGAGAUCCAGUCUCUUCAAGAGGCUCUCAGGGAAACAGCAGCACAAUACGAGUCCAGGAUAGCCUCUCUACUUGAAGGGAGGAGAGCAAGUAACCAGAAUGAGGCGAGUGGAAAGAAGGGCAAAAUGAACACAGAGGCCACCAGCAAUGAUUCUCAAACAUCACCAGACAGGUUACACGGCCAACAAGUAGACCCCGAACUUGUACCGGAGGGAGAAGCCUCACCGAUUGUGACGGAAGGAUAUUUUUCACUGCGGAACUGCGACUCGGCCUCGUUGUCCUCGUUCUCCGGAGACACACCCUCCCUACCUAGAAAGCUCCACGCUCAAGAAGACACAGACUCCCUGGUUUCAACAGGAACUCUGGUCCCCGAAGCCAUCUACCUGCCGCCAGCCGGCCAUCGGCUGGUUACUCAUAGCGACUGGGAUGCACUCAAUGCUCAGUUGUCAGAGUUGAGAGGAGAAGUGACUCGACUCUUAGAAGAGAAGGAGGAGUUGGAGAAAGAACUGGAAACGCAGACCAACCACACACACAAACAGGUAUCAGUGCUCCAGUCUCAAGUCCAGUCAUCAGAGGCCUUGCUUCAGGAAUUACAGAAAUCCCUCAGCCAGUCACAAACGUCAGUCCAGAGUCGACUGUCCGAGUUGUCGCUGUCCCAGAAAAAGGUGUGCAGUGAGCUGUCCAGGCUGAAAGGAGAUCCGGUUGAGGAUGAGGUAACAGGCUCAUCGCUCCCAGCAUCACGGCAGCAGGCGGCGCACUGUGAGGAGCGGCUCCGUAUUGAGAUUGUCAACCUGAGGGAGCGGCUUGACAUCCGAGCAGAGGAGAAUGAAAUGCUAGAAGUUCAGUUUUCUAGCUUAAAAACCGAGACCGAGAAGAUCCAGGCCCAGAAGGACCUGAUUCAGGAAGAGCUAAUAGCUUGCCGCAAUGAACUGGCGGCCCUGCGGGUGGCGCUUUCUCAUGUGCAGAGCAACAACAAAGUGCUCAAUAGUGAUAAUGAGGCCUUACAUGAGCAGUGCCUGGAGCUCCGCAGUCAAGUGAUCAGCCUGCGCUCUCAGGUUGACACCAGCCAGACUGUCCAGAGAGAUUUUGUUCAGCUCUCUCAAUCACUGCAGGUGAAACUGGAGUUAAUACGACAGGCGGAAUCUCUUGAUCAAGUCAGGGAGAUCCUGGAGGAGGGAAUGAGUGAUGCCGAUUCCUCGCCUGCAGACGCCUCAUGAGUCUGCUAUUACACUGACCAAGCCAAAAGAUGGACCAAUGAUGCUCGAGUAAGAACAGCAAUGUGCAAUUUUGAAGAGAAUGACAGUGUUCGCACAUAAACGCAGUCUUACACUAAACCAUGUUCUUAGGACAGAUAAUAUAUUUUAACAAUAAAACCUCAAAGGGGUUUAACAUGAAAUAUUUAGAAAGUUAGUGAUUCUUUCUCCUUGUUCCACUUCAUUAAAGCCCGAGGCAGCUCAGCAGUGCUCGAAAGCUAAUCAAUGUUUGAACUUUGUAAAUGAUGCAUAACCAACAAAACACACUAGCUCAUUAUUUAAACAUCCAAAGUCUAUAUUUUGACAAUGCACCCACUACAUAUCCACAGAUCCAGUGAUGGCUAUCUAAUUAUUUUUAUUAGAUUUCAUAGAGUUUAACAUGGUUUUCAAAUUGUUUUCUUAUGUAUGAACAUUUUGUAACCAUCUUUUGGAAAGCGGACGCAAUGCAAUAACGGUUCAUGAAGUGAUCCAAGUUUUUGAAGUGUUAGUCAUGUGUUUUUCUAAAAUAUUCUUAAUUUGUCUUAACUUUGUUAACUUUUGUCUUAUCAACCAAAAUGUUAUUUCCAGCAAAUGAUUGUUGUACUUUCAAUAUUGAACAUUUUGUGUUUGUGCAGAAAACACAUGGACACCAUGUAUGACACUUAGCAUUUUUGUUUGUCAAAAACACUAUUUGAAGAAAUAUCUUCAAAUGUCACUUUUAAUUCUACAUUAAAAUACAAUACAUAAUGAAUGCAUAAGAGCUGGAUAUUGUCAGUGAGCAGCAAUAAACUUUACUUACGAACUUUUA